UCCCGAGGGCGGCCUAGGACAGAAUCUAUGGGAUAAUGUAUCCCAUGGGAUUGGCUAGCUUUAUUACAUCUUUGACCCUCUCAUCUUUCUUUUAGCUUUUCCAUUUUGCUUUCACUGCAGAAGCUUCAUUUCACUGUAGGAGCAAGAGCUUCAUUUCAUCUUGAAUCUUCGAUCUGUUGAACCUUUGCAUCCGAUCUUCAUUCAGGCAUGGAUAAUGAGGUAUCUAGUUCUCGUAAGAAAAAGAAUGACAAGGUUGAUUCAUUAAAACAAAGGCGAAUAUGGAGCCCACGUGAAGAGGACUGUCUAAUUUCAGCCUUGUUGUUCAUUGUGAAUGAUGGAAUGAAAGUUGACAAUUCUUUCAAGGCAGGCUAUCUUAUGAAAUUGGAGAAUAAAAUGGCGGAGUUGUUACCCGGCACAGAUUUACGUGGCUCUCCCCAUACCGAAUCAAAGAUUAAAAUAUGGAAGAAGCAAUACAAUUCUAUGUCUAGUAUGCUUGCUACUAGUGGGUUUGGAUGGAAUGAUACUGAAAAAAGAAUUCACGUAGAGAGUGAUAGUGUAUGGGAGGCAUAUGUUCGGAGGGACAGUGAUGCAAAAUACCCGAGGAACAAAACUUUCCGACAUUUUGAUGAAUGGAUUCAAAUAUUUGGCAAAGAUCGAGCUACAGGAGAGUUUGCUGAAGACCCUGCUGAUGCAGUUGAGGCUGUGAAUACUGAAGAAGAUGUGUUGUUGCAUGGUCUUGCAGAUAAUGACACUUUUCUAGAACAAAUGGGAUUAAAUAGUCAGACUGGUGAAGCAAUGGAUUAUUCAAACUCAACAACUCAACGGCCUUCUGAUAGUUCUACCAAAAAGAAAGACAAGAAAAGACCUAGAGCCAAUGAUGAAGUAGUUGAAGGGCUGACCAUGUUUGCUGACAAGUUAGUGGAUGUCUUGGGAACAACCAAUAAUAAGCUAGAAUUCAUUGGAAAAAGAAUGGGGUAUUCACAUGAUUUUGCAUCUAAACGGGCAUCACUAAACGAUGAACUUACGAAGUUGCCAAUUACUGUAGAUGAAAGGUUAGAUGCUUGUGAAAUCAUAUCCCAUGAUGUCCAAAAGCUUGACAUGUUCUUCAGCUUGACACAUGAUGAUAGGCUAAGGUGGGUGAUGAGGUUGCUAAGUAGGCAUGCUCCAUAAUAAACUUGUUGCAUUUCAUUGGAGUAUUUUCUUUUGGCCAUGAUUUCAUAUACAUGGUAGGGAAUGCUUUUUGUUAAGUCUAUUAUAAACUUGUUGAUAAACUUAAUUAUUACUUCUUUUGUGUACAAGCACCCGUAUUUUGUUAACUAUAAUUGGGAUGCUUUUUAUAUAUUGUUUUUGUGGUUGGCUUUGUAUAAUAUCUUUGCUUUAGACUUCAGAUCAUAAUAGAAAUUGUGAAGUGUCCUUAUUA